AUGGAGAGAACAACCAAUGCCUUUGGACGCAUUCCCUGCGAGAUGCUGCGACUGCUGAUGCUGCCAAGCAAAGGCCUCAUGGUUUUAGAAACAUUGAGCCUAGCCCUGCGUCACGUGGAUUAUGGUGCCCAGCGCGAGCACAACGAGGUGUUUGAGCGCAGCUUCUUGCGUGCGCUCUCGCAAUUCCUCAUCCGUGAGGGUGGCGUUUGGGAUGCCGAUGUGUCCGACGGCUGGUCGUGGGUCUAUGGCACCUUCAGUGAUGAGCUGCUCAGAGCCCUCGAAGUGGUAAGGCCCAAGGUGGAAGCCGUGCGGAGCUCUUGGAAUCAAAUCAUCACCAAGUCGGUGAUGCAAUCUGAGUUCUCGGACGACUCACACACAUCUGGCACUACACAGAUUUCGAGCCGGCGACACAGCGUAAGCGGCCGCACGAUUGCGAGCAUGCACGGGACUGGCGGCCUGCUGAGUGGAGGACGUAGCCACAAGAGUCACCAGAAGCGAAGCACCCUGAAUGCGGAAAUGUCCAACGAAGAUGGCGUUGAUGGACGUCAGAAAGCUUUGGUUUCUGUUGGGGCGGCCAUGGCUCGACGGCUUCAGGAAGGCAUCGCCCAGUCCAAAGAGAAAACCAAAUUUGCCUGGAGCGAGAAGCAUGGACAGAAGCUCGGCACCGCCUUGGAGCUCGUGGUCUCCACUGCCACGCGGCCCAAGGAGCUCGAGAGGAACUUGUUCAGAUUGGCCCAACGUCACGUCGAGUUGGGGGUGAAGCCUGCACACCUCAAAGUCUUCGAAUCUUGUCUCUUCGACCUACUGGCAGUAAACCUUUCUGCAGCUGCCUUCGAAAGUGCCCAGCUUGCCUGGAAGUGGCUAUGGGACAUCGUAGAGAGAACCUUCGUGCAAGUGCUCGUGAACUGGGAGACCAUGCAGACAUCACUGACGGCGUCGUGGGAGGUCAUUUCACAGCGUGCAGAUUCUGCAGUAAAAGUGGCAAGGACCUUUCACAACACCCUGUUGGAUCGCGUGAUGGUUUUUCGCAGCAUGUUCAAGAAACGAGACGAAGCUCUUGCUUUGGUCUUUGCCAAAGCUCUGCAGCUGCUGGUGGAUUGUGUCCACGACAGCUCCCUCAUUGAGACGGAACUGGAAAAGAUUUCCGUCAUGCACUGCAAGUUCGACUUGCAAGCGUGGCACUUUGAGAUAUUCGGGCAGAUACUGCUAGAGACGCUGCAAGAAUCUGGUGGACAGGCGUGGUGCGAUGACUACACAGAGGCUUGGUCAAUGCUCUACGGUAUGGCUUCGCAGACUUUCUUGGAGGCCAUUGAUAGCUCGCGGACCAGCCUUUGCAGUGCGCUGCUACAAGGUUCCACCAAAAAAGUGAAGGAAGCUCUCAGCAAGGCGCCACGCGGCGAACGCGCGGCCAGUGCUCUCCAAGUCGGAGUUGGGCGACGACAGCUGUCACCACUUCUUUGGGCACUUCGAGACAUGCACCUCGAGGUGCUUGAAAUACUUCUCAGCGACAUUCUCACGAUCCGUGCAGACCGGCAGUGCUUCUACUAUGGCGUCGACGACCUCUGGAAACGGUGCCCUGCGAUUCUCGAUGCUCUGGUGGAGUUUGCCCCGCAUCUACUGGAGCCGCUGCUGGAUGGCCACAUGUGGGUGAGCCGGGAGACCACGGACGGCUUGCGACGAGUCAACCUCUGGGUGCAGUACAUCUACGGCAACCCUGAAGAGUUGGAGCAUGUGUUUGCAGGCCCUUUGGGGACCUUGGUUGAGCGACUGCCUGAGACUCACAUCGAGGUUUUUCGGCACCCUGUCAUCUCGGAGACCGUCAACCUCAAGUGGCACCAGUUUGGACGAAGGCGGCUCAUAGCCGUUUCCCUGCAGCAGAUCACCUGUCUCGUCUCUUACCUUGUCGUCAGUAUGUCCGGUGACUUAUCUCUUUGGCUCCGCCUUUGCGCCUGCGCUCUCUGGGGAACGAUCACUGCCAUCCAGCUGGCGCACGGUUGCUACAUCGCCGUGUGGGAGGCUUGCACGCAGCGGUGCACUUCACUGGACUUCAAGCUUUGCCGGCUCAAGGUGCCGCGGAGUCUUUGUCAGUUCUUCGUGCAGCUGCGGCUGGUUUGCUGCCUCCUCUCUCUACUCUUGAUCGAGACCAUGGUGGUGACCUGCUUCGAGAGCCGCUCAGAUGCAAGAUGCUUGGAUGGAGACCAUGCGUCACCUCGAGUUCUGUCGGCGAGCGUUGCCUUCCUCCAGUGGAUCCAGAUGGCCGAGCUAUUCAAGCUUCAUGGAAAGAUGGCGGCUGUCGUUUUACUGGGAAAGGCUAUGAUGGAGGAUGCACUGCGCUUCAUGAUGGGCCUGGGGCUUUGGCUCAUCGCUGUGGGUGCAUCACUGCACAAGCUUCAGGACGAUGAGACCAGGCCGCAGAACGGCUUCUCCAGCGCUUACAACUUGUUCGCACACGUCCUCGGCGUCGGCACAGACACGGACUUGACAUACUAUGAGUCCUCAGAAGCCUUCGACGCGGUCGUUCGCAUCGUCUACUUGGGUGCUCUGUGGGUCUCAGUGGUUCCGAUACUCAACGUGCUUAUCGCGGCGAUGGUCUCAACUUACUCGAAAGCUGAAUCUAUGACACUGGGCCUUGCGAUCAAGGCCAGGGCGGGCUUCGUGCUCCGCAUGGAGGAUAUGCUUCGAUUCAAACGGCGCCUGCACUUCUUCAAAGACGCCGGCUUCGACAUGGCGCUUGCUUUUUCGGAGCACGACAGAGGCCCUAGUGGGGGCAUCUCCAUGAUGUGCGACACCCUCCAACUCAAGGAGCAUGGCAGCUUCGGGCGCCGGGUCGGCGCAGUCCUUUUCUUCUCGGGAGAGACUGGUACAGAUCAGCCUUGGCCAUCCCAUGACAUCCCCCUGCUCGUCAACCAUGUGAACACUGUCUCCGAGAAGCUGCCCUCGCAGGAACUACAUCGCGAGCUGCUGUCGGAGCUGCGUGUCAUCCGCGAUGCCACAUCACGGGCGCGCGCUGCCUCUGCCUCGCGGGAACCUGUUGCAGCACCACCCGUGGAGGUUACACUGCAAACCUUGGCAGCAGUUGCUGAAGCGUCUACAGACCAGCACUGUUUCUUGGCUGUGGAAGGCCGCAUCUAUGAUGUGGGCGCAUACCUUCAGAAUCAUCCAGGUGGCAGCUCAGUGUUGACGUCGGGACGUGGCAAAGAUGUCAGUGAGCCCUUUCGAGCAGCCCACUCUCAGCUGCUACGGGCACGGGAGGCUUUGGCUCAGCUUCCGGUGCUGGGCAUCUUGUCCCACGGCGAUGCCCCGCCCGAGAGCACAGUGACGAAGGUCUUCGUCUGA